ACACAGGCGCCCAGCAUGGAUCGCGAUGCCGACGAGGGCCGCCCACUGAGCCUGGUCAAUCGCCGUCCCUCAAUAUCGGCGCCCAUCACAGGCCGCAAAUCGGCCCCAGUUGCGGCGGCUCCGCCCAGCGCCACGGCUGCUGCGGCUGCAGCGGCAGCGGCGGCGGCAACGGCAGCGGCAACAGCUGCUGCUGCGGCGGCCGCUGUGGCCAGCAGCGCAGCGAGCGGCUCACGCAUACACACACCGCCGCCAAGUCCAGCGGAUCUGCUGGCCGAUGGCGCCAGCAGCACGCCCAAGCGCCUGGUGGAUGAGAACGACAAUACGACGCCCAAGGCGGACAGCGAUGCGCUGACCACAGCCAGCGGCACGCCCCUGGAGGCGCACAGUCCCAGCCGCGCACAGUCCAAGUCGGAGCAGCCACCCGAGCCGCAUCUUGCUGAGGACUGCACGCUCGACGAUGACAAGCCAAAGGUCAAGCAGGAGCCCUAUGCCGAUGACGAGCUGCCCCAAGACGUUGACGAACAGCAGCCCGACUUGGAGCAGCAGCAGCACCACCACCAACAGGAGGAGCAAUCCCAGCUGGAUGCCCAGCUGCUGUCCACGGCGGACGAGUGCCAACAGCCGCUGGCCAAGCGGCCCAAAAUGGAGCUCGUCGAUGCCGAGGCCAACACAGUGCAUACAGAGCCCAGCAAUUACACCUGUUCGACCUGCAAGACCCGCUACACAUCCGCCUGGCGGCUCAUCCAGCACGUGCAGCACUCGCACGGCGUCAAGAUCUACGUGGAGUCGGGCGGCGGUGGCGCCACCUUGACUGUGGCCACGCCCGCCGCCCUCAAUGCAGCCGCAUCGGCAGCGGCAGCGAACGCCAGCGUCAGCCCCAAUCGCAGCCUCAGUCCAUCAGCAGCCGCGGCAGCGGCAGCAGCGGCCGCAGCAGCAGCAGCAGCUGUUGGUGUGCCGCUCAACAGCAGCGCCGCCGCUGCCGCAGCAGCAGGAGGAGCUGCUUCAGCCAAUACGAGCAGCAGCAGCAAUGCGAGCAGCGGCAAUUCGCCGACGCAACAACUGUUGCAGCAGCGCGCACAGCAGCAACAGCAGCAGCAGCAGCAACAACAACAGCAACAACAGCAACAGCAGCAACAGAAUAUGGCCACGGCCAUGGCAGCGGGCAUGCGUCAUCAUCCGCUGCUGGCACCUCCGGAGGCAAUGCACGCGAAUCCGUUCCAGCUGCUGCGCAUGCCGCUGCCGCCCGCGCUGGCCCAGGGCAAUGUAGUUCCUAGCGUGGCGCCGCUUUUCGGCAGACCCACGCCCGCCGAUCACUAUCGCAUGGAGCAGCUGGUGAGCGAGCAGUUCCGGCAUCAUGGCUUCAAUCUGGCCGCCGCCGCUGCCGCCGCCCAGGCCCAGUUCAAUGCCAACACCCAGCAGCAGCAACAGCAGCAGCAGCAACCGAUCCCUGGCGUUGCUGUCAACGUUCCUAGCGGCAUCGAGCAGCGGCCGCCCUCGAGCAACAGCAGCCAGCGCGGCUCUGUGCCGCCCGCCGCGUUGCCGCCGCCUUCGCUCAGCUCACAGCAGCAACAGCAGCAACAACAGCAGCAGCAGCAACAGCAGCAGCAGCAACAGGCUGCUGCAGUGAGUCCAGCGGGAGCCGCAUUGAAUCUGGAACCGCAGCAGAUGGAUUUUUACUCGCAGCGAUUGCGUCAGCUUGCGGGCACAACAAGCCCUGGAGCUGGCAACAUUGUUAACUCGAGCUCGCCGAGUCCACGACAGAAGCAAUCGCCGCGCUUUGCGAGCCCCUCGCCCAGCUCCGCGGCCAGCGUGCAGCUGGCUGCAACGCCGCGUCCCCAUUCCCUGACGCCGCCCGAGCGGAGCACCGAGAAUGGCGGCCAGCAGCAGCACAGCCAGCACGGCCAGCAGAUGCCCAGCACCCCACGCUCGGCCAGCACGCCGCCGAGCAAGCAGCAUGCCCCAGCCGCGGACUCGGAGCGCAACGAAGCGGAGGCAAUGGAGCUGGCGAGCAGCUGCUUCGCGUGCGGCUACUGCGACAAGAAGUUCCGGUUCGAGAACAAUCUGAUCAUCCACCAGCGGACGCACACCGGCGAGAAGCCGUACAAGUGCACCGCCUGUGACUUCGAGUGCUCCCACAUCCAGAAGCUGAUGAAGCACAUGCGCGUCCAUCGCAGCCCCGCCGAGGGCCACGACGGCGGCAGCAGCAGCAAUGGCGGCGACAACAAUCAGGAUGGCCACGACGGCGGCAGUAAUGCCGAUUCGUUAGAGACAAACGAGGCGGACAACGACGAUGAUCCCAAUCCGGAUGAGUCCGACGACGAGCUCAACGAGGAGGACGUCGAUGCGGAUGCCGAUGGUGAUGGUGAGGGCGAGGACGAUGAUGAGGAUGAGCUGGAGGACUGUGAGGACGUCGACUACGAGGCCGAGGAUCUCAGUGUCAACAAUCGCAUCGAUGGCAAGAGCCAAAGCCCCAAGACGACUAGCUCCGGCGCCACCUCGCUGGUGGGCGAGCUGAUGGACAAAUUCGGGCUCUCCAACAUAGCCCAAUACUCGGAGGCCUACAAGCAGGCCCUGCAGGAGUCCGGACGCAAGGAGGCCGCCGCUGUCGCCGCUGCCGCUGCAGCUGCCGCAGCCGUCGACAACAACAAUCGCGGCUCCUCUGGACCCGGAGCCGGAGUCGGAGCCGGAUCUGGUGCUGGUGGACCCGGGGGCCCUGGUGGCGCUGGCCCCGCCGGCGCGGACAAGCUGAACGGCUUGCCGGUGGCGGCGCUGCGUCUGCGCGACGAGUUUGCCAAGAACUGCAACAUGUUCCAGCCGCAGCCGCAGGAUGGGGCCGGCCAGGUGCCCCUCUUCAAUCCGUUUCCCAAUCCCUUCGAGCUGUCCAAGCGCAUGAAAAUGGACGGCGGCGACUGGUGGGGCAUGUCCGCGCUCCAUCGCAACGAGGCACUCUUCGAGAACCUGAAGCUGAAGCCGCUGGGCCUAGGCGGCGCCAACUCGCUGCUGCAGGGGCCGCUGCUGAAGAAGGAAUCGCGACAGCGCAACGACACCUGCGAGUUCUGCGGCAAGGUGUUCAAGAACUGCUCCAACCUGACCGUGCAUCGGCGCAGCCACACCGGCGAGAAGCCGUACAAGUGCGAGCUGUGCUCCUACGCCUGCGCCCAGAGCUCCAAGCUAACCCGCCACAUGAAGACGCACGGCCGCACCGGCAAGGAUGUCUAUCGCUGUCGCUUCUGCGACAUGCCCUUCAGCGUGCCCUCCACCCUCGAGAAGCAUAUGCGCAAGUGUGUGGUCAAUCAGGGCAAAGCGGCAGCCGCUGCCGCCAACGCGGCCAAUGCCGUAGCCGCUGCCCAGGCCGCCGCCGCGGCCCAGCAGCUCCAGGCGGCGGCCGCCCAAGCCCAACACCAGCAGCAGCAGCAGCAACAGCAACAGCAGCAGCAGCAGCAACAGUUGCCCACGCAAUCGCAAUUGUCGCCACCUUGCCCCAUGGGCGUGGCUGUGGGCUUUCCACCGCAGUUCGGCGUCGCCGGCGGCCACAAUCUGUCGCUGGCGGGCAGCGUGAGCGGCGAUAACGAUUCGAAUGCAUCCUCCAGCCUACCCGCGCACUCCAUUUCGCUCAAGGAGGAGGCAUGACUUUUUAGCAGCUGGAGCAGCAGCGCCCAACCGCCGCCGCCGGCAGCGACACAUGGUCUGCCGCCCCCCGUUCCACAUGUGCUGCAGCCGCAUCCACACGCGCUGCUGCCACCGCCUGGACAUCCGCAUCAUCAUUCGCAUUCGCAGUUGGCCGCCAGCAGCCGCAGCCGCCUCAUGUCGCG